CUGAGCUGGGGAGGGGCCGGAGCCUGGGCGCGGGUGUUGCGCUGACGGCCGCGGCCAGGGAAUUUCGAAUGAGACGGAGGGAGGCUGCAGCGCGGAGGACGGAAGAAGGAGACCGCGACGACGACUGCCACCAAGGAAAGCCUCCAGUGAGCAUUUCUGGUGACCAUGACGACUGAAGGUUCAGAAACAAAAGUAAAGGCAUCAGAGAAACUGGAAACACAUGCAGCAAAGGAAAAUGCUGGGGAUGCACCAGAAAGUCAAAAGGAGCAGGGGUCUGAAAUACCAGAAGGGUCUCCUGUUCCUGAGAUCCCACCUAGUGAAAACAGCCCUAAAAGUUCGAAGAAGGAAAAGGAUCCAUCUGAAAGCAAGGGUAUUUCUCGCUUCAUCCCACCUUGGCUUAAGAAACAAAAGACAUACAGUUUAACAGAAUCCAAAGAUGGAGAUAAAAAGAAACACUUGGCGGUAGCAGAGGAGAGUGAAUGUCCCCUUCCAGGAGAGGCAGCUCAGCCUAAGGAAAAGCUGGAAGAUCUUUCUGAGAAGCAGCAAGAAGCUAAAGCGGGUGGCAAAGAAGAAGAAGAACAUUCUAAAAUACAGCUUGCGAAAGAAGACAGUAACGAUAUUAUUUCUGAAGAAAAGGAAGACAAGCAAGGGACUGAAGAAAGUAAAAUGGAGACCAAAGAAGUGCAGACAGCUGAAGUCGAAAUUGAGAGGGCUGUUCAGAAAACUCCUAAGAAGAUCAGAACUGUCCAGUGUAAAGUAGUACUGUUGGAUGGCACAGAAUACAGCUGUGAACUUGAGAAAAAAGCUAAAGGCCAAGUGCUGUUUGACAAAGUGUGUGAACAUCUCAAUUUACUGGAAAAGGACUAUUUUGGUUUGUUGUUUCAAGACCAUUCUGAUCAGAAGAAUUGGAUUGAUCCUUUGAAGGAAAUCAAGAGGCAAAUUCGAAAUUUACCUUGGCUAUUCACCUUUAAUGUGAAAUUUUAUCCACCUGAUCCUUCACUUUUAACAGAGGACAUUACACGGUACUUCCUGUGCUUACAGCUUCGUCAGGAUAUUGCUUCUGGCCGCCUACCAUGUUCUUUUGUGACUCAUGCUCUGCUUGGUUCAUAUACUCUGCAAGCUGAACUAGGGGACUAUGAUACAGCGGAGCACAACAGUGAUUAUAUUGGGGAAUUCCAGUUUGCACCCAACCAGACAAAAGAGAUGGAGGAAAAGGUAGUAGAGUUGCACAAAACACACAGAGACUUGACACCAGCACAGGCAGAUACCCAAUUCUUAGAAAAUGCGAAAAGGCUUUCUAUGUAUGGAGUAGAUUUACAUCAUGCCAAGGAUUCUGAAGGUGUGGACAUCAUGCUUGGCGUGUGUGCCAAUGGGCUACUUAUUUACAAGGACAGACUCCGAAUAAACCGUUUUGCCUGGCCGAAAAUUUUGAAGAUCUCUUAUAAACGCAGCAAUUUCUAUAUUAAAGUUAGGCCAACUGAGCUGGAACAGUUUGAGAGUACUAUUGGGUUCAAGCUGCCAAAUCAUCGAGCUGCGAAGAGAUUAUGGAAGGUUUGUGUGGAACACCAUACAUUUUACAGACUGUUAUCACCAGAACAGCCUCCAAAAGCCAAGUUCCUGACAUUGGGAUCAAAGUUCCGCUACAGUGGACGUACGCAAUCACAGACACGCCAGGCUAGCAAUCUCAUAGACAGACCGGCUCCUUACUUUGAACGCACCUCAAGCAAACGUGUCUCCAGGAGUCUUGAUGGUGCACCAGUAGGUAUCACAGACCAGAGCCUACUGAAGGACUUCUUUGGUGAUAGGAGUUUUGAAGCUGCUGGACAGUUCAAAUUAAAAGAUGGCGGUAGAGAUGAGGAUGGAGGCAUGGCUAAAUGGGCACAGUUCGAAGACGGAAAGAUGGUGACAGAAGAGGAAGAAAUUCAGAAGAAGAUAUAUCCCUUGAAAGUAGAUGGGGAAAAUAUUUAUGUCAGACAUAGCAAUUUAAUGUUGGAGGACCUGGAUAAGAGCCAGGAUGAAUUACUGAAGCAUCAGGCUAGCAUUAGUGAACUCAAGCGAACUUUUAUGGAAUCCACACCUGAGCCACGUCCCAAUGAAUGGGAAAAGCGUCGUAUCACACCUCUGUCUCUACAGGCACAAGGGAGCCUAGAAGAGGAAAUAGCAUCAAUUUUAUUUAGUAAAGGAAGUUUUUCCACUAGCAUGAAAACUGCCUUCACUUCCGCUACCUCGUGGACAGCAGAGGGCACUGUUGUGAAAGAUAAUGUUCCUUCUGAAAAGCCUUCUGCCUCACCCUCCUCUCAGCUGCCGCCUGAGAAGUUUGUUCCCAAAACAGAAGGGCUUCUCACUGGAACCAACAGGACGACUAAGAGUUCACAUGAGACUCUGAAUGUAGUGGAGAAGAAGCAGGCAGAGGUUGGGAUAGAAGAGACACUAGUCACAGAUGAUAUCCAAAGGGGCAAAAUACAACUGAUCUCUGAUGGUGUCGAAUCUCAGAAGACGGAGCAUCUCUCCAAAAAGGAUUCUUCAUCCUUGUCAUCAGACAGCAGCAGUAAUGAAAGUGAAGGUGAAGUGGAAUAUCAGCCACAUCAUCGUAUGAUUCAGGAAGUCAUAAAAGAAGAGCUAGAAGAGAAUGAAGAUAUCAAAGAGGAAGAACACAAGGCACAAGCAGUAGAUUUUACAGAAAUUUCACAGGAAGUCAGCCAGGUUAAAGCAAAAAUUGAGCACCCAGAAGCAGCAGAAGCUUUGAUCCAGAUAAAUGAUGUACCCAAAAAGACAUCUGGGGAGAGAAACUUAAUAAAAUUGAAUGAGCAUGGUCCAAAAGAAGACAAGGAGAAAGAACAAGUCAAACUAAAUGGAGAGGCAUCACAUAUUGACAUUGAUGUAUCAUCACAAAUAAUUUGUUGUUCUGAGCCUCCAGUGGUUAAAACUGAGAUGGUGACAAUUUCAGAUGCUUCACAAAGAACUGAAAUCUCCACUAAGGAAGUACCAAUUGUUCAGACUGAGACUAAAACGAUCACAUAUGAAUCUCCCCAGUUAGAUGGCGGUAGUGAUGCUGGUGUGCUGCUGAGUGCACAGACGAUUACAGCGGAAUCUGUUUCUACAACCACAACCACACACAUCACUAAGACUGUGAAAGGUGGUGUGUCAGAAACCAGAAUUGAAAAACGGAUUGUUAUCACUGGAGAUGCAGACCUUGACCAUGAUCAGGCAUUGGCACAAGCCAUUAAAGAAGUUAAAGAGCAGCACCCUGACAUGUCUGUAACCAGAGUAGUAGUGCACAAAGAAACAGAGAUGGCAGAAGAAGGAGACUAAGAAUUAUGAAGAGUUACCUGCAAAUGAGAAGAACUUUGACCAUUCCAAGUUGGUAUCUUUUUCACUGUUUCUCUAAAUUCAUGAAGGCUGGCAACAAUGACUAGACAUCUCUGUAAUGAACUACCAAUACCAAACUUUAUCUUCUCUGGUUGUUUACCACUUACUACUUUAUUUUUAUAAUCACUUCUUAACAUGGUUGGCUUUUUAUGAGAGUUAUAAAUUUGUUAUUUUUUUGCACAACUCCCUGCCAUUUUUAUAUAAUUGAUCUCUUGAUUGCAUGAAAGUGAACAAAAAUAUUUAGUAAGCGCUGUUCACUUGAGCAAGUGUAAAAUGCAGGAAAGACAGAAUCUUUGACUAAUUUAGAUAUAAUCUUUUUGGAAUGUUUCAAAUAGAACCUCUUACAGGAAUAAUUUACAGAGGAUUUUUUUCCAGAUUAUUCAGGUAAAUAGUGUGUCAAAUAAUAUAAAAGUACAGUUUUUUAUUAAAACAAUUAAGCUUUCCUAUAACGUGGGGAAGUGAAUUAAUAAUUUCACCUGGACUUAAAUGAUUUUUUUUAUAUAAACUCCUUAUAACUUUCUCUGUUCUGAGGGUCUCCCACUUUCUUUGGGGAACUGGUGCUGGUAUAUUAUAGAAGAGAGGGAGUUAUAAAGACAUUUCUACUGAAUGAGCACUGUUCUAGUAACCUUUUCCUGCACCUCCGUGCCAUUGAUCAUCUCUUCCUUCAUGGACACUUUGUCGUCUGCAACAUUCCAGAUAAUGUUGGAAGGACUUGCUCUCUUCCCUUCCAGCAGAGAUAAUCUAGGCAGCUUUAAAACCUUAGUGCAUUUUUCUCAACAUGUUAAAUGUCAAACACUUCCAUUCUAUAAUGCACAUACAGAAUGCUUGUGUUAUAUUAAAACUGAUUGUCUGCAUGUUACAACUAACACUUCUGUUAAGCAGUUAUAUCUGUUACAGAUAAUUUUCCUGAUCACCUGUUUGGGUUUUAAGGACAUUGUAGAACCAGAGGUGCAUGCUUGAGACCACUGUCAUAAGCAGUAUGAGAAGUAUCUCUAUGUGAUGAGGCUGCCAGUGAGGAAGUCUGUACGAAAACCUGUUAAUUCCCUGUGUUCACCGUGUGUAUAGUUGAUGCCAUAUUAAAUUUGAAGCAAUUUCAGGUUAUAUUAAGUGAUAUUUUGCUUUCUGUAAUACUAUUAUAAAAUAAAGUUUGUUUAUUCUCUAA